AUGCGCCACUCCAAGAAAUCUACUCCUAGCGAGCCGUUCGGGUUGGAAUUGCCAGUAUUCUGGACAACAAAAGACAAAGCUAUCGUAGCCGCAUUCACCUUCAGGAAUGACUUUCCCAUGACGAUCUAUGAGUUUGACGCGUCGACGCUCAAGACUGUCGGAGCCCCUUUCAAACACACUGAGAAGAUCAGUGGUCUAGCACUCUCGUCUGAUUGUGCCUUCGAGUCCCGCCAACUCCUCGCUUCAUUUGACAUCCCAGAAUCUCCCAAGACCCUUGUCCUCUCGCCCAAUUCACGCCAACUAGCUUACACGACCUGCGAUGACACCAAAAUCUACAUAUGUAAUAUUUCAGCCAACAUCCUUGCACGGCCUAGUACCAAGAAAGCUGAUUUACGCCACGCUGGUCUGCUCAACUCCAAUGCAACACCUCGUCCCGCGCAACGUAAACCAGCGAUAAUACCUGCCACGUCUACCAUCCCUCGACCUUUGCCUGCCAAGAAUCCACAUGCUCGCCUCCGCUUUCUACGCAAACUCUUUUCUCGUACAGACGCGGUUCGUAUCGAUGAGCCUAAUCUCCUGGAUUUCCCUGCUACAUCACCCCUGCCUCGUCCACUUCCAACCCACGACGAGAAUUCUCGACGCACACCGGCACCACCCACCACCCAAUCCUCUGUCAUCAAUUCUUCCUCGACCUUCAGAUCAAAUCGACUAUCAAGCUGGUGGCGUGCAUCGCCAACUAUCGUUGAUGUUCCUCUCGCGCCGGGUAGACUGCGGUAUGCUGCAGCGGGCGCUCCCGGCCCUGAUGAUGAAUUGAUACGCGACGAAGAUUAUGUCUCUCCCCCUUCCCCUAAUCCUGGCUCGCGCCCAGGGAUUUUUAACUCCGGACAGCAUGGAAGCGGCCGGUUUUGUUUCUGUUUCUAACUUAUUUGGAACUUCCUUGUUCCCUGGUAUCUCGUUGCUGUAAUCAUUGCUCGUUGUAUGUGUUAUCCUCACUACACGUAUGUCGAAUUUACAGUCACAAAGGGCUUGAAAUAUAUCAACAAUCUCAAUGGUUGAUCCUGUCCAGACUCUAGUGUCUACGGUCGGAGGCUUUGCAGUUCACCGAAGGUAUUUUGUUUUCGCUAAGAAAUAAUUGCAAGGAUACCUCCUGCGUCCAAACUAAUGCGAUCAGAAUAUCAGUACUAAGUUCCAACACAGCCUGAGAUUCAUCUAAAAAUAUGACAUUCUGAUCUUUCAUACGCACUAGGCCUAGUAUAUCAGACAAAAAUGUCAUUCCUAUUUCUAACUUCUGUGUGCUCGAUGCUCUUCCGAACGCGUAUUGCGUGAGUUUCUGCCACUGCACGUGUGUCCGACGAUCUACGUAUCAAUUCACGGUACUCCUUGUCAUAAAGACUCGUGAA